AUGGAGCUGCUCGAAGACGUCUACGUCAACGAGUUGAUUGACGCUUUCGACGCCCCAGAAGCGGAACAUGCAGCACCGUCUACGGAGCUUUCUGGUGCCCAUAGAAAGCACAGGAGCGCGUGUGUCAGGCAAUCGACGUCAUCAAGUGCCCAGGAGCUAUGUACCGAGCAACACACCACUUUGACGACGCUGUACCCGGCAUUUGACACUUCGCGUACGCUGGAGACUCCUCCAGGUGCUCCUGUCAGAGCUGCAAGAGCGUCGGCUGUAGCGCACGAGCAGCAGAAAACGAUGAGGAGUCAAGAGUUCAACGUGCCGCUAUGCAGUCAACUGUCUCGUGGUGAAACCUUGAUGACAGACAGCGAACUGCAGAGAGAGCGACAGCAGAUGGAGCGCGAGAUGCGUGUGUACCAAGCACGUUUCGAUCACGUGGCCAAAGCGCUUGCAGGCGGAACUUCACAUCAGAUUCAAGCGCGCAAACAGCGUGAGGAAGAGCAGUCAGAGCGUCGGGCAAAGCGGGUCGAAGCUGUUGAGACGCGUCUGCUUCAUCAGCUCGAAUGCUUGGGAGGUCGGGAACAACGCCGAACUCGAGUGUGGCACAGGAGACAACAUCGAGCCAGCAGAAGCUCGUCGCCAGGCACUGCCGAGAGUCACAAGGAACACGAGGAGAGCACUGCAAAAGAGAGUAAAAAGUUGGAGCUACGCUGGGAAAGCUAA